AUGCCAUCUGGAGCUGAAAGUCUUUUCCUGGUAGCUGCAAUGGGAGAAUUCAUAGCUGGAAUGUUGGGGAAUGGGUUCAUUGUACUAGUUAAUUGCAAUGACUGGGUGAAGAGUCAAAAACUCUCAGCAGCUGACUGCAUCCUCACCAGCCUGGCUCUCUCCAGAAUCACUCUUCUUUGGAUAUCACUAGCUGACUCAUUUCUAAUGGUGUUGUGGCCACAUUUUUAUGCCAUUGAUAAACUAGCAAAACUUAUUGGUGUUCUUUGGAUACUGUGCAAUCACCUAGCUACCUGGUUUGCCACCUGUCUAAGCAUUUUCUAUUUCUUUAAAAUAGCCAAUUUUUCCCACCCCUGCUUUGCCUGGCUGAGGUGGAGAAUUGGCAAAAUGCUACUUGUGCUUUUACUGGGGUCUUUGUUCUUCCUGUCUUUGAAACUUGUGUUAAUAGUCUCAUUCAAUGGUUUCUGGAUUAAGGUCUAUAAUAUACAUGAAAGAAACUCAACAUGGUCUCCAGGUGUAAGUGAAACUCUGUAUCUUAACAGUUUGAUUGUUUCUAAUAUUAUCUAUUUAAUUCCCUUUCUUCUGUCCCUGAGUUCACUGCUCCUUUUAUCUCUUUCCUUGAUGAGACAUACCAGGAAUGUGCGGAUGAACUCCAGCUCUAGCGACUUCCGCACAGAAGCCCAUAAAAAGGCCAUGAAAAUAGUGUUAUCUUUCCUCCUCCUCUUCAUACUUCAUUUUUCUUCCUUUGUAUUAACAGGUUGGUGUUUCCUUAUAGUGCAGAAGGAGCAGGCCAAUCUGGCUGUGAUGUUAACAUGGAGUAUUUUCCCUUCGGGCCACUCAUUUAUCCUCAUUUUGGGAAACAGCAAGCUGAGGCAAACUGCGUUGGGACUAUUGUGGCAUCUUAACUGCCACCUGAAAAAGGGUGGAACUUAGCUUCACAGACUUUACCAGG